AGCCAAUCACUUCAAGACACGACAUAACUUAUAAUUCUUAAGUGGGAAAGCAAUGGCUUCAUAUAGCCCUAAACUGAUAGAAAAGAAAUACAAUAACUGGGUUAAAGCUCAGUUAGCAGUGUUGUUUACUAAAGAAGGGCUUGAACCAUUUGUUUGUAAUGAAAUUCAACAAUUUCAACAGAAAUGCUUAGAUGAUAUUUGCUACAACAAUGGACUGUUUAGUGGGACUUGUUGUUCAACGUGCUGCACUGAAAAUCUUAUUAAUUGCCCUACUGACAGCAUAUGUAAAUUUAGGCAUAGGAAAUGUACGUACCAUCGAAAUGUUGCAACACGGUACAAUCCUACUGGCUGUCCUUACAGCAUAUGUCAUCAUUUGAAAAAUGAAAUACAGAAUGCACAUAGGUACAACGAUCCGUCGUUCAAAAACACAGAUGCUAAACAGUGGUGUAGUAAUUUCUGGGAAGUGGCAAAAUGCUUCAUGCCCCCAGAUGGGUAUAAAGAUAAAUCAUCUGCAGCAGAAACAGACUUCAAUGGUAUAAUCAGCGUUAUCCUUAAUUACAAAGACUUCCAGGGGAAAUUACAUGAAAACCUCAUUAAUAAGAUGAAUAUAUUUGAAGAGGCCAGAGAAAUUGGAAGAACUGUGCGACAUUCUUCCUCGCUUGAAGUAGAGGAUUCGGAGCUUCAGAAAUACUUUCAACUAUUACAGAAACUACUUUCUGAUCCCGUAUAUUUAGCUACAGACACGCAUGCACAGAAUGCUAAACAGAAACUUACAGAGUUAGAAAAUGACACUCUUGUCAUUGGUAAAGAUGAUAUAAGGAAAGCACUAGACGAUGCGGCAAAAGCAGUUCAGGACAAGAUAAAGACUGGAUUAGAUGAGCAAUAUGACAGAAUUAAACAAGAUCUUGAAUCACAAACUGCCGAACUGCUGAAACGACUAAAUGAAGAAGGUGAUAAAGAACGGACAAAACUUGCUGAGACGUUACUAAAAGCAAUAAAGUCAGCAAGCAAAGACGAGAAAGACGAACAAUAUAUUGAAUAUAAACAAA